GCCGUGCGGCAGCCCAGGGACCACUGUUUGUCCGUAGUCUGCAGAGCGCCCCCUCCCCGCGCAGCGGGACCUGGCAGGCUGGGGCUGGUCGUGCUGCCGCCUGCCCGCCGCCCUGGCCGGCGGUGCCCCGAGGGCCGCGCGGGGCGGAGACCAGUCGGCGGGGGCGGGCGCCAGUCUAGGCGGCGGGUCGGCGCGCAGCACUCGCCCGCAGAGCCUCGCGGAGCAGCCGCCGCCACCGGGCGCCCCCUGCUCGGCCUGGGUGGCCUCUGCCCGCGUCUCCAGGAGGGCAGCGGCACACGUGCCCGGCCGCGAGACCGCACGCCGCAGGCUUGAGAAAGGAAACACCUGUAUUUGCCACAAUGCUUUCAUCCAGUGACUUUGCAUCUGCUUCUUGGGAGCUUGUGGUCCGAGUUGAUAAUCCAAAUGAAGAGGAGCAGAAGGACAUCACACUGAGAGUGUCUGGAGACCUGCACAUUGGGGGAGUGAUGCUCAAGUUAGUGGAACAGAUAAACAUAGCCCAGGACUGGUCAGACUUUGCCCUUUGGUGGGAACAGAAACAUUGCUGGCUUCUGAAAACACACUGGACUCUGGACAAAUGUGGGGUCCAGGCAGAUGCAAAGCUUGUCUUUACCCCUCAGCAUAAAAUGCUUCGCCUCCGCCUGCCAAACAUGAAGACAGUGCGGCUGCGAGUCAGCUUCUCGACUGUGGUCUUCAGAGCUGUCAGCGACAUCUGCAGAGCCCUGAAUAUUAGAAGAGCAGAAGAACUGUCCUUACUAAAGCCUUCAGGUGAAUAUUUUAAAAAGAAGAAGAAAAAAGAAAAAAAUAAUAAGGAGCCCAUAAUUGAAGAUAUUUUAAACCUGGAGGGUUCUCCAACAAUUUCAGGUCCAUCUGUAAGUCCUGGCUUAUACAGUAAAACCAUGACCCCCACGUAUGACCCCAUAAAUGGAACGCCAGCAUCGUCCACAAUGACUUGGUUCAGCGACAGCCCUCUGACAGAACAAAACUGCAGCAUCCUAGCAUUCAGCCAGCCCCCACAAUCACCAGAAGCGCUUGCUGAUAUGUACCAGGCUCGGUCUCUGGCUGACAAAGCCAAGCUUAAUGCAGGUUGGCUAGACUCCUCACGUUCCCUUAUGGAACAAGGCAUCCAGGAGGAUGAGCGGCUGCUGUUACGAUUUAAAUACUACACUUUCUUUGACUUGAAUCCCAAAUAUGAUGCUGUCCGAAUAAACCAACUCUAUGAACAAGCCAGGUGGGCCAUUCUCUUAGAAGAAAUUGACUGCACAGAGGAAGAAAUGUUGAUCUUUGCAGCACUGCAGUAUCAUAUUAGCAAACUGUCGUUGUCCACUGAAAUACAGGAUUUUACAAAUGAGUCUGAGGUUGACGAAGUAGAAGCAGCACUUUCUAAUUUGGAAGUGACCCUGGAAGGCGGAAAAGCAGACAACACUUUGGAGGACAUUACUGAUAUCCCUAAACUUGCAGAUAAUCUCAGAUUAUUUAGGCCCAAAAAGCUAAUAUUAAAAGCUUUCAAACAAUAUUGGUUUGUCUUUAAAGACACAUCUAUAGCCUACUUUAAGAAUAAGGAACUUGAACAAGGAGAACCAGUUGAAAAAUUAAACCUUAGAGGUUGUGAAGUUGUGCCAGAUGUAAAUGUAGCAGGGAGAAAAUUUGGAAUCAAAUUACUAAUCCCAGUUGCUGAUGGUAUGAAUGAAGUGUAUCUGAGAUGUGACCACGAGAGUCAGUAUGCCCAAUGGAUGGCUGCCUGCAUCUUGGCGUCAAAGGGCAAAACCAUGGCAGACAGCUCCUACCAGCCAGAGGUCCUCAACAUCCUUUCUUUUCUGAAGAUGAAAAACCGGAACUCAGCAUCUCAGGUGGCUUCUGGUCUCGAAAACAUGGACUUGAACCCGGAAUGUUUUGUGUCACCUCGGUGUGCAAAAAAGCACAAGUCUAAACAGCUGGCAGCCUGCAUUCUGGAAGCCCACCAGAACGUGGCCCAGAUGCCCCUGGUCGAAGCCAAGCUGCGGUUCAUCCAGGCAUGGCAGUCUCUACCUGAAUUCGGCCUCACCUACUACCUUGUCAGAUUUAAAGGAAGCAAAAAAGAUGACAUUCUGGGAAUUUCAUAUAAUAGGUUGAUUAGAAUCGAUGCAACCACUGGGAUCCCAAUUACAACAUGGAGAUUUACAAAUAUGAAACAGUGGAAUGUAAACUGGGAAAUCCGGCAGGUGGCUAUCGAGUUUGACCAGAACGUCUCCAUUGCAUUCACCUGCCUGAGUGCGGAUUGCAAAGUCGUGCAUGAGUACAUCGGAGGCUACAUUUUCCUGUCCACCCGCUCCAAGGACCAGAAUGAAACGCUCGACGAGGACCUGUUCCACAAGUUGACCGGUGGCCAGGAAGCUAUUUGAGAAGACAGAUCUUUGCAAUUCUGGGGGCCACCUCAAGACAGCCUUGGCUGGGGACUCUUCGGCCCUGAGGCAGAAAUUGUCACUGGAAGUUCUUCUUUCAGCCUCACCUUAGAAGUGAAAUGUUAGUGAAGAAUCUUCAGGCAAUACCUGAACUUCUGAGCCCUAGCUUAAAGAUUAAUUGUGCCUCAAGCACUUGACUAAUCUGGUCCAUGUCAUAAAGAACUGAGUUUGAAACAUUCUAUACAGAAACCAGUGCCAAGUGAACUGUGUUGAACUUGGUGGUCAUUUCUCUAUAGUCCUGGGCCCCCAUUAUUUUAGAACCUAGCUGGGCCCUACAUUAAAACAGUACUCCUUGAUGUCACAGUUUACCUGUCUACUGUCAAAUACAGCUCUGUCUAAUUUACCGAAGCUAGACCUUUGGUUCAACUUUCUUCCUCAGCUUUUCCUAGUUGUCUGAUAUUUCCAUGUAAACACUCAAAAGAGUUGACUGGUUUUAACCAGACUUUUAAGGGAGCAUUUCUUCCAUGACUACACAGCAACAUCCCAGAGGAAAAAGCAAGUGUGACAAGAAAAUCAUAAACGCUGCUGUUCUAAAGAGCAACUUAUGGAUAUUUUUACAUUGGGUGCAAAGGUCACCUGACUUCCUAUGAUGAAAUUUGAAAUUAAUGUGCGGCUUUCAACCUUGUUUGCUUUCUUAUCUAUGGUACAUGGGGAAAUCUGCAUUGUUUUGUAUUUUAUAUGACUUUUUAAAAGUUUUCUACAGAUUUGAAUAUGG